AUGUCGAACCCAUCAUUGAAAACAAUCGACGAAGAAGUUGCGGAAUUCCUGUCGCAACCUGCAAUGCAGGACAUCAUCGAAUUUCUCGACAAGGACCGCUGUAAUGCACUGUCACAUGUACUGCGUGAGAAGUUUGCGGUCUUCCGUGGUAUUGACUGCUCGUCUCGUCAACCGCAGGCCACCGAGGCCAUCGUCGUCGCCCUUCUACGCUCGAUCGACAGUGUGAUAGAAAUAAUGAGCGAAAGCAAACUCAAGGAUGUGCUGCUCCAGUUACGCAAAGAGUUGGAAACGCUCUUCUCUCUCUACGAACGACGAAUAAUCGAACUUGAAAGCGACGUCCGUCGCCUCAAAGAGCAAAUCGAAACAAAUGAACUUCUUCUUAUGGCUGCCGAUAUUGGCACAUUAUAUACACGGUAUAUAUUCGAGCCUCAGUGCAAUCAAACUUGGACAAGUUAUGCAAAUCAAAUUGGCCAGAUCGAGACCACCAUCGAAGAAGAACAGGCCGAGCGCCUGCGUAUGGGCAAGACUCUGCUGAAUGACAAUGAAAUCGAUCAGCGGUUGAACAAAUUCCUUCAACCCAUCCAGCAGCAAUUCAGUGUCGAUCUCGAACAAUUACGGCGGCUAAAACAAGCUCGGGCCGCUGUCGCUCACACGCGCUACAAAUUGGCUGACGAGCAACGUGAUUUUCUCGCGAAGGCGCAGAAGGCGCAUAUACCCAUUGGAUUCGAAUACACCAUGGUUUUCCAGGCCAUGCUCGAUGCGCUUGAUAAGAAAAAGCUGCAGUUUCGUCGCAUUGUCUAUCCCAUUGGCACAUAA